AUGGCUGAGCUAUUACGCUCUGCAACAUACACAUGCCCCCCUCCUCGGCAGGCUCGAGGGACGAGGCUUAAUACCAUAAUCGAGGACUCGCGCGAGGAGGAAUAUGCGGAAAACCCGCAUCGCAGUGAACCUAGUCCAAAAAAGAAAGCUUCUCACCCACAGUUGAAGUUGAAGACUAGUGGUCUGGCGCUGGCGUCCAGACUGAACCGUUUGCUGUCACCCUUAUCAGCCGGGACCACCUCCUCAUGUUCGGAUAUGGAAUGGCAAAAUCAAAUGCAAUCCUUCGAUGACCUAUAUGAUGCAACCGAUGAUGAAUCAGACAUAAGUGACGAGUGCACGUCGAUCUCGAGCACUCGCCCGACAAGUCUCGUGAGUCCUACAACGAGAAAUUCGAUAUCACCAACGAAUCGCAACCGCUAUCCUAGUCUUACAAUCCCCUCUUCGACAAUGUGGCCAUCUCUUCAGGGCCUCUCGAAAAGCUCACCAGUGCCUCCCACUCCACCUCCGAAGAUACCAGUUUCCCCGGCUGCUCUACUAAAGCUUAGCCACUCCGUACCGGCCGUGCAUGCUCCUCCAUCGCUGGAUGGCAGCGUCUCAUCGGAUCAAAUUUCAAACUGUAGUGCCCCUCCAACUCCUGAUGUGCAGUCGCUCCCUGAUAACGACUGGGAUGCACACGACAUCCACGUGCGACCGGACCUCGAAGAUGAACAGACUGCAGGCCUACGAGACCCGGAGACAGGCUCAGACUUGCAGAGCAUCGAGAUCACCAUUGAUAACCCCGACGAGGACUGGCAACAGUUUCUCGGAAACUUUCCUCGAAUUCCGGACCGAACACGAGCAUCACCCGUGCUUGACCCUGUUCGCGAAGACACACCAUCCGACAGAGGCGUAUUUCUUCCAGAAGAUGCAAUGGCGAUGCUGAGACAUAUUUCCGUGGAUGGGACCCCGGAUCCUUGGUCAGAAACCUCGGAACAAAACGAAGAGAUGUGGCAGAUCGAGACGCCGGAGCGACCACGCAGUGCUGACGAUGCGACCCCAGCAUCGGACCUUUCUGGGUAUAGCUUUAGUAGACUUAGUAUACCUUCCCCUGGAGGCUUUUUUGCUUCUCUCGGUCCUCGAGCUCGUCACACAUGGUCGAUCCCUAAGCUAAAUAAUAUUCCGUCGUCCGCCACUGCCGAGAGGUUCUACAAUCUACCAUUCAACAGGGCCGAUGGGGAAAUAGUUGAACAGAUUAUCGAGUGCCCCGAGAGGCAGUCUGAUGAGGAGUUGACGGCUGUUUACGAUCCGAGUGGACCACCAACUGCGAUCAGGAUCCCAACGGAAGCCCCAGCGUUCCAGUUAGAACACGCAGAAAGCCCCGUUAGUGACGAUGUUGACGGCGUCUAUGAGAUCACAGAACCGGGUGUGCAUAAUCCGGACGAGCAAGACGAGCACUAUGAAGGUGAACUGCAGAAGAAGGCAAUAGCAAGUCUAGACAGAACUAGCGUUUGGCUUGCGGCGCAGGCUUCGUAUCUUGCUGCCUUGUGCGAAACAAAUCCCGCCAAUACGCCGGUGAGCGAAAGAGAUGACUUCAUCGACACCUCGGAGAGUAUUACGCAAGCGGUAGCACAAGUCGCCUGCAAGAAGUCUGUCCGAUUUGACGAGACAGUUCCCGAAGCCCCAAGCUCUCAGCCUUCGGCACUCGCAAGCAAGGACUCGAUCUAUUGGAGAGGGUUCCAGUCGAUCCGCGAGCGCUCCAGUGACACAGAUAUCUUCUUGCAUCGAAGCAUGCGCUUCGAUGCUGUGCAAUCUAUCCGGCUGGGCCUGACGAAGAUGCACAUGAGCUGUCUAUCGGGUAAUUACGAACUGGUUCGUCCCGAGCGACCUGCUUACCGAGGUCCCUUCUCGCAAGCUCCCCGUGAUUCAGUCAUGGGUUCCAUCCUUGAGGAAAAAGCGCAGUUCUCUAUGCUAGAGAAGGAGCAAUUAGUGCUUGCCCAGAUUAGUGAGCCAAUGUGGGCCAUGGACGCUCUUCGGUAUCUCAACGGUGGUCAUCUGAUAACUAGUCCCGCUCUAAAGAAACUCAAUAAUUCAAGGUCACCCCGUAUCAGGGUUUUGGACCUCGGAGGGCAUGCUUCUUGUGAAUGGGCAUGGCAUCUUGCAUACGAUUAUCCCAACGUGAAGGUCUACACCGUCUUCACGGAGCACCAAGCGGUCAACCGUGGCAUCAAGGGGCCUGCGAAUCACCGUCAAAUCUCUGUGCAAAAUCUAUGGGAAUUGCCAUUCCCCAACAACAAGUUUGACGUAAUCUCUGCUCGUUCACUGCCUGCUCUAUUGAAGAGCGAACGCCGGUCGGGUGAGCCGCAAGACGAGUAUGACCGUUGUCUUCGGGAAUGCCGUCGCUGCCUCAAACCAGGGGGUUAUUUGGAGUUCUUUGUGAUGGAUGCACAGAUAUCGCGCGGAGGGCCUUGCGCAACUGUCACGUCGGCUGAGUUUACGUCUAAACUCAAGACACGGGGCUACGACCCAAACCCUACAAAGAGCUUCCUCGAGCGUCUGCAAAAAGGAGGCUUUGUGGGAACCAAACGUGCAUGGAUGUUCUUACCCAUUGGUAAUGAGCCUGUACUCUCCCCUGUUCCUAGGGAGACACCCGAGCCUCGAGUCAAGAGUCACAUCAGCGAGUGUGAAGCAGUGCAGGGUCCGGUCGGCAGCACGGCUGAUGCCGCUAGUGUCACCGGCCUAUAUGGUGGUUGGAUUUGGGAACAAUGGCUUCUCAAAUUGCAAACCGAGAUGGGCCUGGAGCAGGGGAAGUGGCUUGAAGGAAUCGGAAGGGUUUUUGACGAGGGUCGUAAGAACGGCGCUGGUUGGACCUGUUUCUUCUUCAAGACCCUCACCAACAAGACCGUGAUCCUCGAACUCAAAAAUGAUAUCCGUAUCCGCGGCACCCUGAAAUCCGUCGACCAAUACCUCAACAUCAAGCUCGACGAGGUCGACGUCCUCGACCUGGACAAGUACCCACACCUGUCGUCCGUGAAGAAUAUGUUUAUCCGUGGUAGCGUUGUCCGCUACAAGGCCGAUGGUCCGCCUAAGCCCACGUCCCGACAGCCGAGGAUUACGCAGUUUGCGACGAAGAUAGAGCGGACUAGUAGUGGGGCCUCUACGCCAUCGCUGCGGCGGGACGAUAGCUCGAAGAGUACUGGUGGCGGGGGAUUGUUCUUGGAUGAGAAGAAUGGGGCGAAGGUGGUGUUGGUAGAUCCGAGUACGUCUCCGCGGUCGCGGUCUCAGACGCCGGAUGAUAUCUGGGAGGAGAAGGGGGAUUUCACGGGGGAGGGGGAGGAUGAGGGGAGGUUUAAUGAGAAUGGGUCGGCGGUUAAGAAGCGGAGGGUUGGGGAUGACUCUCACUCGAGAGAGGGUGAGGUGGAAAGGAAGGUGGUGGCGGCGGCCACUCGUGCUCCAGUUAAGUCGAAGCAGGUUAGCGGUCCGUUUAUUGAUGAGUCGGAUAGUGAGGAGGACUUGGGGGCGUUUGGGGGUUUUGGUGAUGAGCCCACGGUGGCGGGGAACGUUGGACUUGGGGAUGAUGACCGGAAAGAUCAGGAUCGCGCUUCCGACGUCGCCGUACCACCAUUGGUAAGAGAAGCCACGAGCCAUAUCGAAGAUGAUGAAUUUGCGAAUUUUGACGAAUUAGAAGGGGAUGAAUUCAGAGAGGAAGAACUCUUAGACUUAGAAAACGAAGACGAAGAGGGGGUCCGGUAUGCGGUUUUCGGUUUCGACGACUCGAAUGAUCUUUCGGCUAUAGAGGAAUGCGACGUGGAUCCUGGUGGGAGUGCGCCAGUUUGUCCCAUCUGUCAGGUUGAGUUGGUAGGCUUGAGUGAAGUCGACGUGUCGGUACAUGUCAAUGACUGCCUUGAUGGAAAGCCUGUCACUGUCCUGCCAAAGCCAAAGGCAAAGCCUGACACCCCCCCGAAGGCGCUGACUCGCGCAGAGCUCGCUUCUAUCGCAAGACCCGCGCAAAGCGAUCCGUACUCCUCGGGCGCGUCGAAAACCGCUUCAGCCUUCUCAAAGCUUAUGGCAGGUAACGCCGAAGAUACGGCAUGGACGGUGGCUGCAGCCAGUGAGGUUAAGUCUCGGGGCAAGCAAGCUUAUCAACGAACUUGUCCAUUUUACAAGAUCAUUCCGGGAUUUUCCAUAUGCGUGGAUGCCUUUCGUUACGGAGCAGUGGAAGGAUGCAACGCCUACUUCCUAAGUCAUUUCCAUAGUGACCAUUACAUAGGCCUGACGGGCUCUUGGCGUCAUGGUCCCAUUUACUGCAGUAAAGCUACAGGCAAUCUGGUCCGCCAACAGCUCAAGGUGGACCCGCGAUGGGUGGUAGAUCUAGAGUUUGAGAAGACAACGGAGGUUCCUAGUACCGGUGGGGUGAAAGUGACUUUGAUCGAGGCUAAUCACUGCCCCGGAAGCGCUUUAUUUCUAUUUGAAAAGACCAUGGGAUCCAGUCCGUCUAAAAGGGUCCAACGUGUUCUCCAUUGUGGUGACUUUCGAGCAUCUCCGGCCCAUGUGCAACACGCCCUUCUCCGUCCCGAGAUCGCCGACUCCGCUACCGGCCAGAAACGGCAGCAGCGCAUCGACGUGUGCUAUUUAGACACCACCUACCUCAACCCUAAAUAUUCAUUCCCCAGCCAAAUAGAUGUCAUCGAAGCCUGCGCGGAUCUCUGCGUCAGCCUUGACAACGGGGAGGAUGAGGGCCCUGCCCCGUGGCAGUCGGCAAAAGCGAACAAUGGGGGCGGGAGCAUCAUGAAAAAGUUUUUCAACUCUAUGACGGGUGCGGGCAAAUCACAGGACCAGCCAUCAUCCCGCCCGCAGGGUCGGUUGCUAGUCGUCAUCGGAACAUAUAGUAUUGGUAAAGAGCGCAUAUGCCUGGCCAUUGCCCGGGCCUUGAAGAGCAAGAUCUAUGCCACUGCGGCCAAGCAACGGGUGUGCGCCUGCCUAGAGGAUCCCGAGCUCUCUUCAUUAUUAACGGACGACCCUGUGGGGGCUCAGGUGCAUAUGCAGACGCUCUUUGAGAUUCGCGCCGAGACGCUGGCCGACUACCUGGAUUCGAUGAAACCGCACUUUACACGCGUGGUAGGAUUUCGUCCGACCGGAUGGACAUACCGCCCACCCACUGGGAGGAUGCUGGAUAACCCGCCCGUCUCGACGGUGUUACACUCUUCGCAUUGGAAGACGCCUUUCACGGCGGGCGACUUGGCACCUCAACGCGGGAGUACGCGGGAAAGCGCGUGCUUUGGGGUGCCGUACAGCGAACAUAGUUCGUUCCGAGAGUUGACGAUGUUCUGCUGUGCGCUACGGAUCGGACGGGUGAUCCCCACGGUGAACGUCGGCAGUCGGAAAAGUCGCGAACGAAUGAAGGCGUGGGUCGAGCGAUGGGAGGCGGAGAAGCGGAAGAGCGGAUUGUAUCGUCCAAUUCCUUUACAACCACUCGCGGCUAUGAUCGCCGACUUCCUACUGUCGCCCACCGGCGCCGUUUACUUCCUGGUCGCCGCCUUCGUCACCUACUACGUUGCACCCUACCUACAGCUAUGGCGCCUACGGGAUAUCCCGUCACCGGGUUUCGCGGCCUUCUCCAACCUGUGGCUGAUGCUGCAGGCCCGCCACGGCAAACGGUUCCUGGUCGUCGACGAAGAGCACAAGAAGCGUGGUAAACUCGUUCGCAUCGCACCACGACACAUCUCCAUCGCCGACGAUGAAGCCAUCCAAGCGGUUUACGGCCACGGAAAUGGAUUCUUAAAAGCCGACUUCUACGACGCCUUCGUCUCCAUCCGCCGCGGCCUCUUCAACACGCGCUCCCGCGCCGAACACACCCGAAAACGCAAAACAGUCAGCCAUACCUUUUCCACAAAAUCCAUCGGCCAAUUCGAACAAUACAUCCACUCCAACAUCGAGCUCUUCGUGCGCCAAUGGACCCGUCUCGCCUCCACCACUUCCCAAGCUAACGGCUACGCGACCCUCGACGCCCUAAACUGGUUCAAUUACCUCGCCUUCGACAUCAUCGGGGACCUAGCCUUCGGCGCCCCCUUCGGCAUGCUGGAGAAGGGGCAAGAUAUCGCCGAGAUGCGGAAGUGUCCGGACGACAAGCCGAAGUAUGUGCGGGCGGUUGAGGUGUUGAAUCGGCGGGGGGAGGUGAGCGCGACGCUGGGGGCGUGUCCGGGGUUGAUUAAGUGGGCGAAGUGGAUUCCGGAUCGGUUUUUCAAGGAGGGGUUGGAGGCUGUUGAGCAUUUGGCGGGGAUUGCGGUCGCGCGGGUGAAUGAGCGGCUUAGGCCGGAGGUUAUGGAGGGGAAUACGCGGGUGGAUCUGUUGGCGAGGUUGAUGGAAGGACGGGAUGGGGCUGGGGAGAAGCUUGGCAGGGAGGAGUUGACGGCGGAGGCCUUGACGCAGCUUAUUGCGGGGUCCGAUACAACGAGUAAUACCUCUUGUGCGAUCUUAUAUUGGUGUUUGACGACGGAGGGGGUCGUGGAGAGGUUGCAUGAGGUGCUUGAUGGGGCUAUCCCGCGGGAUGUGGAGGUUCCGGAUUAUGGGAUGGUAAAGGACAUUCCUUAUUUGCAAUGGGUUAUUUGGGAAACCAUGCGCAUUCAUAGUACCAGUGCUAUGGGUCUGCCUCGCGAGAUCCCCGCUGGUAACCCCCCUGUUACGAUCUCGGGCCAUACGUUCUACCCCGGGGAUGUGCUGUCCGUUCCUAGCUAUACGAUCCAUCGGUCGAAGGAGAUCUGGGGUCCGGAUGCGGAGCAGUUCGUCCCUGAGCGCUGGGAUCCAGCUCGUCUUACGGCGCGCCAGAAGGCGGCGUUCAUUCCCUUCAGCACCGGACCCAGGGCCUGUGUGGGCCGCAAUGUGGCGGAGAUGGAGCUGCUUGUGAUCUGUGGCACGGUGUUCCGGUUGUUUGAUUUUGUCAUUCAGCAGGAUGGGCCGAUGGAGACGAGGGAGGGGUUCCUGCGGAAGCCCUUGGGGCUGAUGGUGGGGAUGAAGAGGAGGACUCUUGGUUAG